CGGAGAUGAAGAUGUGGAGCUCGGAGCACGUGUUCAGCCACCCGUGGGAUACCGUCAUCAAAGCUGCUAUGAGAAAAUACCCAAAUCCUAUGAACCCCUGUGUUGUGGGAGUAGAUGUGUUAGACAGAUGUCUCGAUAACCAAGGCCGACUACAUAGUCACCGGCUUCUUAGCACCGAGUGGGGCCUGCCAGCUCUUGUGAAAGCGAUUUUGGGAACCAGUAGGACUUUCACGUACAUAAGAGAACACUCUGUUGUAGAUCCAGUUGAAAAGAAGAUGGAACUGUGUUCCACCAAUAUCACACUCACAAAUUUGAUAUCUGUUGAUGAACGAUUAGUGUACACACCUCAUCCUGACAAUCCUGAAAUGACCGUGUUGACACAAGAGGCAGUUAUCACUGUGAAAGGAAUUACCCUUGGCAGCUAUUUGGAAAGUUUAAUGGCAAAUACCAUCUCAUCCAAUGCCAAAAAGGGUCAUGAUGCCCUGGAAUGGGUGAUCGGCAGACUUAACGCAGAGCUUGAGGAGCUAGCAGCAGCACCAACUUGAGACCAUGAGAUAUAACGGCGGCAGCAGCAGCAGCAGCUCUGGAGUGUCAUGGCCAGGAAACUUGGAGCAGCUAUGAAGAGACAGUGUUUACUGGAAUUCAUGUUCACCACCCAGUCCAUUUUGGUGGGAAACUCUAGUUUUACAUUUUGUGUGUCACAUCAUCAGCUACUAACACAGGCGUAGAUCUGUGGAAAAAAAGAGUUAGGAAAUGUAAACUUGCAAUAAGACUUGUUGGCCCAGAUGGGAGAGUGAAUAGAUCUCAUGGUGAUGCUUUUUCCAAGGGAUUCCAGUUGUGCAGAGUUGGUAAGAGGGAGAGGUUUGCUUUUCAAGAAAAGUUUUCCAGCAUUCCAGGUAGGUGAACUCACCUUUUUGACCAUUUUUAGAAGGGCAGAAUGGGCAGUAGCUAAGAGUAAAGGGAUGGCUUCCUCACAUUGUAUCUCAAAUGUUUAGAUUGUGGGUUGAGAUCUUCAGGCUUACCAGAAUCAGGGCUAGAUGUUUCCCUUAAAUGCAGCUGACAUAGAAGAUCUAGAAUCUUACGUUCUCUGGUUGGAUAGAAGGAAUAUUGACGAAACCCCUGAAUGCUGAAAGAGAACGCUCUUUAGUGUGGGACACUUGGGGCCCACAGGUGCCCUGGUAGGAAAAGCCUGCUUCCCUACUACCCUGCUUGCCAGAACUAAAUCUCCUCCCAAAAAUGUAGCCUCCACAUCACCUAGUGGAUUUCAUUUCCCCAUGUGGACAGCAGAAUGUUAAUUGUUUUUAGGAGAUUAAAGGACUUGUAUGUAAAUAGUAACUACCGUGACUCAUCCCUGUGUGAUUCAGAGAUUGGAAUGCUAUGUAUUUUCCUCAUUUAUAGCAAAUGACACUUAGAAGCUUAGGUGUUUUUGAAGGAUAUGCUAACAUCUCAGGGAAAAAUAUGGUACUAAUAUGUUCUAGGCUUGAAGUCUGUACUUAUGUUUUAAAAAUAACCACAAGAAGACUAGCUUCAAGAUAGGAUCAUGGGUGUGAGAACUUCAUACACGUGUGAUUAUAUUUCUCUGUUAACUGUGGCAGUUGAGAGCAGGACACUUGAUGAAUUAAGCUUUUAAGUGACUUCUUUAUGCUAAUAACUAGUGGUGGAAGAUGACAUCUGUUCUUUGUGCUAAUAACUAGUGGUGGAAAAGAGGUUGAAUUGAAUCUAUGCAGAUGGGUCAAAGGGUCUUUUUAGCGGGGUUAGAGGAUGUUGACGUCUAAAUGUGUGUUUACGAUAUUUAACAGUUUAAGUUGUGUUUUAUUAGGAAAAUGAGUGUCUUUUGAAGUCUGGGGAAAGAGAAUGCCAGUCCCAUCUGUACCGCAGGGCAUACCCACAAUCCAGAAGAGCAGAUUGUUCUAGAAAACAAGAAGUCUGAACUUCUGGCAUUUUGGGGGGCUUGUGUAGUCUCAUAUACAGAGUAGGGGACUACAGUCCAUUUUCUUCACAAACCUGCCAGGUACUGUUCAUAUAUGUGUCCCCAUCUCAAAGCGAGAUGGCAGAUUUCCUUACGUGUAAAUCAUAGGUGGGAAGUGAAGAUUAAUGACUGUAAAUGGAGAAGCAGUGUGGCCUAGAGGAAAGAGCGUGGGCCUGGGUA